UUGCACCAUUCUUCUUUUCCCCCCCCCCCCUUCUUUCUUCCUCUUAGAUAACUCCCAGCUCGGCGAGGAUCAAGAAGCAGGUGUCCCGGAGCAGUUCACUGGCCUCCUGCACGGAUCCUCCCCGGUCUUCGACAGCCGCGAGGAGCCCUUCAGGCUUCCAGGUGUUGCGCCAUCAUCCAACCAGGACCAGCCAGAACCAAGAAAAUCUGCCAAAGUAAAAGAGGAAGUAGCAACGCCGCCGCCGCCUAGCCGCCCCAGUAUGGCCGCCAUCCUGACCGACUGUGAUCCCAAAGCAAUUUAUGCAACUGUGAACAAGGAGCCCAGGGACUUCGGGGCCGGGGCAGCGUCCGCCGUACGGCUGCGUCCUCCCGGGGACCUGAAGCUGGCGCGCAGCCUCUCCAAGUCCGACUCCGACUUGCUGGUGUCGCCCCCCAGCGAGGAGGACGGAGGAUUGGGGAACCGCAGCGAGUCGGUUUCUAACUGUAGCACUGGCAAGAAGAGGCUUGAGAAGUCUCCCUCUUUCACCUCCGAAUGGGACGAGCAGAAACCGACGACUUCUUCCACCACAAAACACCGAAGAUCUAAAUCCGUUGACAGCAUCGAGAAGAUCAUGACGCUGAUUGGUGCCGGCAUCGACUUCUCCAGAGAUCAGCAAUAUGCGACACCAGGUGCGGCGGGCCGGCUGCUGGACCAGCCCGUGGGCGACUGGCUGGAUCACGUGGGGCUGCCGCAGUACGAGAGCAAGCUGCUCCUGAACGGGUUCGACGACCUGCACUACAUGGGGAACAACGUAAUGGAGGACCAGGACUUGAGAGAGAUUGGGAUCACGGACCCGAGCCACAGGAAGAAGAUCCUGCAUGCAUCGCGCUCGUUACCCAAGGUGAAAGCUCUGGGCUGUGACGGCAGCAGCUCCCUCUCCUCCUGGCUGGAGAAUCUGGGCCUGCACGAGUACUUGCACAACUUCCUGACCAGCGGCUACCGCACGCUGGACUGUGUCAAGAACCUGUGGGAGCUGGAGAUCGUCAACGUGCUAAAGAUCUCCCUCCUUGGUCACAGGAAACGCAUCAUCGCCUCCUUAGCGGAGAGGCCCUACGAGGAGCCUCCAGUCAAGCCUCCUCGGUUGUCUCAGAUCAGGUGCCAAGACCUGCCUGGAUCCCAGACCUCGUCCCCCCUCAGUCAUGUGGAGUCCUACACCGGACGCUCAAUGGACCCUCUGCUGCCCCUGGGAGAGCCCGGGAGGAAAAAAGUGCCCGAUAACGAAUACGACGUGUCCCAAAGAUAUCGCAAUGAACAACAGAGAUUACAUGAACGGUAUGAAGAUCGGCAUCGAGAGCCCCGUCUGACCCUGCGGCCGCCGAGUCUGGCGACCCCGUACGCGCCGGUCCAGAACUGGCAUCACCCGCCCGAGAAGCUCAUCUUCGAAUGCUGCGCCUACGAAGCCAGCUACCUCGGCUCCAUGCUCAUUAAGGAUCUGCGGGGCACCGAGUCCACGCAGGACGCCUGUGCCAAAAUGCGGAGGUCGACCGAACAAAUGAGAAAAUUCCCCACCAUCGUCCUUUCCAUCACCUACAAGGGUGUGAAGUUCAUCGACGCAGCCAAUAAGAACAUCAUCGCGGAGCACGAGAUCCGUAACAUCUCGUGUGCGGCCCAGGACCCGGAGGACCUGUGCACGUUCGCCUACAUCACCAAGGACCUGCAGACCAGCCACCACUACUGCCACGUGUUCAGCACGGUGGAAGUGAAUCUGACCUACGAGAUCAUACUGACGCUUGGCCAGGCGUUCGAGGUCGCCUAUCAGCUGGCCCUGCAGGCCCAGCGGACCAAACAGCACCAGCACAUCCCGCUGGGACCCGGUUCAGAGGUCAUCGAGACCAAGUCCGGCCGACCUGUGCCCAAACCGCGAGGCAGCGUGCGGAAGUCGGCGGGCGACAUCGUGGAGCAGGACGGGGACUCUCAGUCCGGGAGCAGCUCCACGUGGCUCGUGGACCCCAAGGAAUCCAAGCGCACUAUCAGCACUAAGUACGAGACCACCAUAUUCUGAGUGGGACCCCCCUCUUCUCUCCGACCUCUGACCCCUGGGCCUGGCCUCACCCCUCUUCCUCUCGCUCCCUCUGUGUGCCUUUCACUGUGACUCCGCCUCCCCUCAGCCGUCACUCUGGUCCUCGUCUGACAACGGCACCGUCUUUGCUCCUUUUCCUCGUCGUGACCUCCGCACUAGUUAUGGAUCAUCAGUGCAACCCUCCUCUCACUGGUGUCCCACUUCCAGCUUGCCUCUCGCCGUUGCUGUUAUUCUCCCCUCUGUGUGUACUUCCUGAACUCUUGAGUACAACACUUCCUCUUUUCCUCCCCUGUCGACGACCCGCUGUUGACUCUCGGCGAUAAGCUCUUCCUUCCCCCCCCCCCCCCCCCGUCUAUCAAUCAGAGCAGCAGGACGUACACCUGGUGCUUCUUCUCUAUUAGAGGGAACGAAACUACAACUAAGCACUUUUUACCAAAUCCCCAAGCGCCUAAGAAAACAGAUGCAUCUUCCUCCGUCCGGUCUUUUUUUCUUCUUCUUCUUCUUCUUCUUCACAACAAUGCCUUCUCUGUUCAUCCCGUCAGCAUUGCCUUUUGUUUUGCCAAUCACCACCAGGUUAAUAUUUCACAGCUGCGAGUGAAAAGAGUGAAUCAUUAUGAGGGUGGAGGGAGGGGGGGGGUGAUCACGCUGCUCGUGGCCAUUAGAUCUGUGUUUAUAUUUUAUUUUUCAACAUUAUGUUAACCCCAGUGCUUUGUGUGCGUGUGUCUGUGUCCCUUCCCCAUAGCUGAACACUGUGGCCUCUCCCAGCCAGUAAGAAGGGACGAGAAUGAGCCCUGUUGCAUGGUGGGUAGGUUGUUUUGUCGGACAGGCGACCCACUUCCCGUGCAUGCAGCAGAAUCGCGUCGCCGGUUGGAUCGAGCUCACCAGAGUAACGGGAGACGAGCCGACGUAAAAAGCUUUCAACAUCAGAUCCUCUCACCUCACCGACACCAACGCACACACACGCACACACACACGUACACACACAUGUACACACGCACACACACUCCAUUUCGCUUCCCGUCCAUCAGAACGUGAUGUUUGAAAGUCAGAUGGGUUUUAUGUGUUUUAUGUAAUUCCUGAGACAUGUCCGUUGCCUUCUAACACCUGGUUUACGAUCUCACAGUGAGGAACCUGUGUCUAAAGGGGAAGUGGCUGGAGAUGAGGAACAUAAAUAUAUAUAUAUAUUUAUAUAUAUAUAUAAAUAUUUAUAUAUGUAUUUAUAUUUAUAAAUAUAUAGAUAUAUUUAUAUAUAUAAAUAUUUAUAUUUAUUUUAUAUAUGUUAUAUAUAUAUAUAUAUAUAUAUAUUUCUUUUAUAUAUUUUAUAUAUAUAUAUAUAAUACAAAGGUACACAGUAUCCAACAGAGACCUCACACUAGGUACACAGUCCUUCCCGGAUUAUUCUUCCUGUUUCCACACUGUAGCGUCUCUUUGUGACAGCUCGUCACCCUCAACAUAAUAACUGUGAUAAACAAGGUGAUCGUGCACGGGAGGAAGUCUUUAAAUAACUCGAAGGGCAGAGGAGCUGACACUACAGAGACCGUUUUCGAAUGAUGUAACAGGGAGUGUUUUUUUUUAUUUGCUUUGAAAGUUGUUGUUUUUUUCUUCUUCUGUGUUUUAAUUGUUUUAUUGGACACUGUGUCCUAACGCUGGCCCUGGAUCAGGUGUGGUUCCCAGCUCGCUCUCUCCUUCCCUGUUCCCCUUUUGUUCAGUUAAUAUCGGCACCAUUACACGGUUAUUCACCUCCCAAGCGGGCUGGUACGUCUUUAGAUGAUCGCUGCGGAACAGAACAGGGCGCAGCAUGUUGGUCCCAGUGUGUUCACUGUUCAUGGUACUCGCUGGUCAGCCGAUGUGUUUAUGGGUACAUAGCCUGGUCGUUUUCUGAUUUCACUGUUGUGUAUGUGGUACGUUGUCAGGCCAGUAUGCGAUUAACUUUAUGGUACACUGUCUUCAGCUCGCUGGUGUCUGCACCUUCGGCCAGCAGCCUGGUCCCGUUCUGCUUUUGCACAUUGUUACGGAUCCGGAGAGGUAUUUGGGGACUAAUCUGAUGACAAACAAUGAUAAGAAUGAUAUUGUACAUGAAUCUAGCGGUCUGUAUUUUAAUACUUGAAUGAUUUUUGCUUUUAUAGAUAUCUAUAUAUAUAUGUAUAUGUAUGUAUGUAUGUAAUUUUUGACGAUUGUCAAAAGAGAGAAAAGGACUAUGUCUUAUAAAGUUAAACAUAUCGUGAAUAAAAAUACCCUGUGAUUAAAAAAAACAAUGACUCAGAUGAGGGACCUCACUUCAGAAAAAAAAAAGAUUGUAAAUAAUCUUGGGCUUCCAGUCUUUUUUUAUGAUUAUUUUUCAUAACUGUACAACUAAUAAAUGGCGCAAUUAGAAAUGCUGA